AUGAAGAAACAUCAUCGCGUGUUGCUGUGCUUGUGGCACAGUGCCUCAUCGGGGAGAGCAAACAAUACUCUCAGCAAGAGAUCAAUGAUGGGAAAGUGGACUAGAAAUAAUUUAAAAGUAUUGGAUUUAAACUAUUUGGAAGUGAAAAGAAGUUUUUCAAAAACUCUUGUUAAUGGUAGCAUUGAAAAAUUAAUUGAAAGCCUUCCGAUUGAAAGUCAUAAGUGGUUCAACACCAGAACGAUUGUGAAUGCAGAACAGUUAAAAGGAAGACCAACUAUUUUUUUGAAUGUGGAUGAUUUUUCAAGCGAUGUUUUUCUAAAAAUCAUGAACAGCGAGAUUGUGCUGGAAAGCAGAGUGAAUAUUUUGGGGUUUGAUCAUGAACAGAAUAUCGAUUUAUUGAGAUCUAAAAUUUUGUAUCAUGAUUUCCAAUAUCCAGUUUUCAUUAUUUCAGAAGAAUGUAAGAGUAUUGUGCAGUUAUACAACGAAAAGGGAGAAUUUAUGCGAGAGUAUUCAAAUCAUGAGCAGUUUAAACACAAUUUUGAGAAAGAUUUCGACUCGAUACAGAUUAAGAAUCGUCUCAUACAAAUGGUGAAUUUUGAUUGGCAAAAAUAUGAAAAACCAAUUGAGCGUCUCAUGCAACCUCAAACAAUAUUUCAAUUUCCAACCUUUAUUGAAAAAUACGGAAAUUCUAUUUUCAUCUCCGACACGUACCACAACCGUAUUGUUCAAAUGAAUCAUGAAGGAGGAAUAGAGGCUGUUUUUGGAGAAGGUCGAAAAGGCUUUAAGGAUGGUUAUUUAGUUGAUGCUCGAUUUAACAGGCCCAAAGGUAUAUUUUAUGACAAGCUUCAAGAGGCCUUAUUGAUUGCCGACACUAAUAACAAUACCAUUAGACGUUUAGAUUUACAUAAUGGUUUUGUAUCCACUUUUAUUCAACCCUCUACGUAUAGUAUGGAAGAACCACACUGCCACAAUCCACUAAUGACUUGUGGAGAGAAUAGCGUGGCAGCAUUCUUACACAGAGAUGAUAAUACUAAAAUGAUGUUAACUGAAGAGUAUAUUGAAAAGAAAUUCAUUAUGGAGCGUGAGAAGGAAUGGAAGAAAAACCACUCAAUGCCCAUUCCCAUAUAUUUUGUUUCUUGCUCAAAAAUUAUUAGUAGGCCAAUAGAUUUGUUUAUGAGCCAUAGUGAGAAUUGUCUGUACAUUGCAGAAGAAGGUUAUACACACAUUUGGAGAAUACCUUUGGAUACAGGAAUAGUUGAGGAUGUGUUACCAGAAAUGAUACAUUCACAACUAAAACAUGAUUUUGAGAAGUAUAUUGAACACGUAUUUCCCACUCUCAAACAUUGGGAUUCCGAACAACGACAACCAUACACAGGGAGUUUUUAUCCAGAAUUUUUGUUUUUGAAGCAACGAGCAAUAGCCCAUCAAGACAGUAUCUUCUUUUAUCAUGUUGAGUCACCCAUAUCUGCGUUCAAGCCAUACCAUGAACCAUUUUUCAUGAAACAAGUGAAAAUCGUCCCUAAUAGGCAAGUGGAGCACAGUGUUUUUAACGAUCAUACCAUAGCGUCAGUUCAGAGCUCUACAUUAUAUCGAUCCUCUGACAUUGGCUUUCGAAAUGCAUUACUGAGUGAUGAAAACAAGCCAACAUUCAAUAACCCACAUUCCAUUCUCAAGCUUGAUACAAACCUUAUUAUUUCAGAUACAUUUAAUCACAAGCUACGAAAAAUUAGUGUUGUCAAUGGCCAAUCAGAAGAUAUUAAGCCUAAAAAUCUCAACCUGUUAGGUAUUCCAAGCGUAGAACGACGAGUAUCCAUACGCUCGAAUGGUUCAGUAGAUAUAAAUCCUAAUCCAGGCCGAAUUAUUGUAACAGAAGCUGUAACAUUUAUGCCUGGAAGUUGUUUAUUAACAGUACGAUUUUCAAGUUCUGAACACUUUGUAUUUGCUGAGAAACUCCACUCCAACAUGAUUGACAUUAUUUUUAAGAAUCAUGAUGGAGAAAUUGUUACCAACGCCAUUUCCUAUAUUCAUCACCCAGAAAAGUUUGAACAAGAUGCUUUCAUUGUUAACGAGGACAACGAUUGGAAGAGUAUUAGGCGAAAAAACAGAGCAUAUGAUUCUGUUCCAUUUCUUGUGAGCACCUUUGAAAAUCAUCAAAUGGAAAUUAAUAUACCAUUCGAGUUGCCAAAAGAUAUGGGUGAUGUAGAGAUGGACGUAAACGUUGUUCUUUAUCUGACACCUGAAAGUACUAAUAGGGAUCCAAUAGAUUAUAAACAUCCCUUUACACUGCACCACGGAUUGGACACGAUCUCGUAUGCUCCGUUCAACUUGCAAACAACGUUUGUAAAGGGAUGGAAUCAGCACCAUGACGUUUUGGAAGAAAUGGACAAAUCAGAAAGAUUGAAACUGAGAAACGAUCUGGCCGAAAUAUUAGAAUGGAAAGUACAAGAGUCAUUCAAUUCUAUUCUAAAGGAGAACCUGUUGGAGAUAUCAAAUGAUGUUAAGGAAAAACAACCACCUCAAAAUGUAGAAUCUAUGGACUGUAACGACAAGUCACAAAUCUUCAUUGAUUACUUGACGCUCAGAGUGCCAAUUCAAGUAUCUCAAGAAACAACAUUGAACUCGUCGAAAAAAGAAAAGUUUCUCAAGCAUCAUUUUUCAGUUGAUGUCAGUGCAUCACCUCCACUGUUUACUAAAAACUGCAAUAAGCAUCAAUACAUAGCUACGUCCAAUAACGUGUAG